CGUGAUUUGAGUCGUCAGCUACGCCCUCUCAUUAUCUAUUUGCGUGGGUGUUGUAAUUAGUUGCUGCAGCAUCAAUGGAGGGUAUCUUGAAAGAAGCUUUAGGGUGUGAUAGAGUGAGGAAGAUGGGAGGGAGAGGAGGAGGAGGGUGUAUCAGUGAAGGACAGAGCUAUGUGCUGGAUGAAAAGAGAACUGUGUUUGUCAAAAAGAACAAUAAUGAAGAUGCUAGAGCAAUGUUCACUGGUGAAAUGGAAGGACUGAAGAGUAUUUCAUUGACUGAUACUGUACGUGUACCUCAACCAAUAAAGGUAUUUGAUAGUGGAGGUGGUUUGUAUGUUAUCAUAAUGGAACAUGUGGAGAUGUUACCGUUGCAUAAAUAUAACGAGGAAUUAGGAACAAAACUGGCUCAACUACAUCUUCAUAAUAUUAAUAAAAUAAAAACAUCGAUUAAGACCUCAGGGAGGGUACAGUCAAGUGACUCCGCCCAAUCUGAGCUUGUUGAUAAAUUUGGAUUUUCCAUUCCAACGUCUUGUGGACUCAUUCCCAUGCCCAACGACUGGGAAACUGACUGGAUUGAAUUUUAUGCCAGGCAUAGGUUGCAACCGCAAAUUGACAGAAUAAUAAAAAAUUACAACAAUAGGAAAUUGGUGGAACUAUGGUCCAAUUUACAGUUAAAGAUGUCUCAGUAUUUCAAAGAUACAGAGCAAAUAUUUCCAUCACUGUUGCAUGGAGACCUGUGGGCUGGGAACACUGCAGAAACUGCCAAUGGACCAGUUAUGUUUGAUCCAGCUGUGCUGUAUGGUCAUCAUGAAUUUGAUUUGUCAAUUUCCAAAAUGUUUAGUGGAUUCAGUUCAAGUUUCUAUGAAGCAUAUCACAAACUCAUACCCAUAUCUCCAGGAUUUGAUACCAGAUUGAAACUAUAUCAAUUGUUUCACUACCUCAACCACUGGAAUCAUUUCGGAAGUAGCUACGAGCAACAAAGCCUAUCAAUAAUGAAACAAUUAAUUUAAUUAAUAAAUUAACUUAAUUAACAUUAAUUGAUCUAACAAUUGGUCCCAAAUGCUUUA